AUGCGGGCCCGCCUUCAUUCCCUGCUUGCUCUUCUCAUGUCCUCGCCCUCCCCUUCACGCACGCGGUGGUGCCUGGAACCGCAACCUCAUGCCACAUCACGCCGUGCGCUCCGCUCUGCUCCGGUGCUGCCCUGCCAGGUGGUGCUGGCACAAGGCGCCCCCACUUGCAGCAUCCCCAUUGCAUCGCAUCGCCCCCACCCUGCCUCCCUCGCCUCUUCCCGGCGUGCCCGCCUCUCCCCUGCUCCCCCGCGCCAGGUGGUGGUGGCGGAGGGCGCCCCAUGCUACGGCGGGCACAAGCUGGCGGCGGCGCUGGCGGGGCGCGGGGUGGCGGUGACGGUGAUAGCGGACGCGGCGGUGUUCGCCCUCAUGGCGCGCGUCAACCUCGUGCUGCUCGCUGCCCAUGCCGUCAUGGCCAAUGGCGGGGUGCUCGCACCCAUUGGGCUGGACAUGGUGGCACUGGCAGCGCGGCGCCAUGCGGUGCCCUUCGUGGUGCUGGCCGGCAUCUUCACUAUCUGUCCGCUGUACCCACAGCAGGCGGGGCAGGCGGGGCUGAACGACCUGCGCUCGCCAGCGGGGGUGGUGGGGCUGGCGGAGCUCGCGCACUGGGAGGGCCUCGCGCACCUGGGGGCUGCGCUCUCCGCCCAGGGGCGGGGGAGUGGCAAGGCGGGCGCCGAGGGGGCUCGUCACUCUGCUCGUCACCGACACGUCAGUCACCCCCCUGCACGCCCUCCCACUCCCCUGCACGCUCUCCCACUCCCCUGCACGCCCUCCCACUCCCCUGCACGCCCUCCCACUCCCCUGCACGCCCUCCCACUCCCCUGCACGCCCUCUCACUCCCCUGCACGCCCUCUCACUCCCCUGCACGCCCUCUCACUCCCCUGCACGCCCUCUCACUCCCCUGCACGCCCUCCCAACUCCCCUGCUGCCCUCCCACCCCCCUGCACGCCCUCCCACUGCGCUGCAUGCCCUCUCACUCCCCCGCAUGCCAUCCCACUCCUCUGCACGCCCUCUCACUCCCCUGCACGCCCUCUCACUCCUCUGCACGCCCUCUCACUCCCCUGCACGCCCUCUCACUCCCCUGCACGCCCUCCCACUGCGCUGCAUGCCCUCUCACUCCCCCACAUGCCAUCCCACUCCUCUGCACGCCCUCUCACUCCCCUGCACGCCCUCCCACUCCUCUGCACGCCCUCCCACUCCCCUGCACGCCCUCCCACUCCUCUGCACGCCCUCCCACUCCCCUGCACCCCCUCUCUCUCCCCUGAAUGCCCUCUCACUCCCCUGCACGCCCUCUCACUCCCCUGA